AGUUCUAUUGCGCUCGGUUUCCGGUCGCCAUGUUUAGUCCACACAGAAGAACUGCCUUGUUCAGUUUUCGCCAGGAGUUUUACUCUCCUAUGUACUUAAUCUGUACGUGUUUUAGACAGAAUUAAUUGUUUUAAGUACACGUGCCUUUGAUGAUAUGCUCAGUAGCUCUGGGUAGUAAAGAGACGCUUUAUUCCUCUGUUAUGGAGCCUCUUAACCAGGUUGAUGUCAUGCACCUUCAGGAGUCUCGUUCCUCAGCUCUAGAUCUGUCCGUGGGCUGCAGACAGAGUCCGUUAAAGACAAACUCCAUAGAGGGGUUGGAUCUGCUGAAAAAGCCCAGCUGGUGUGGCAUUACCUCAGGGAGCAAGAGCGUUAACACGUCCGAGUCUCGGUGCAUCACUUGGCCAAGCAAACCGAAUUCACCUGAUCACCCCGAACCAGGAUCGAAGCGUCAUGGCACGUCAUCCCACAGCCCCUACUCUAUACCAUUACCCCUGAUCAAUGGCUUGCCAUCUGUGGCUCAGAUACUGUCUCAGUGCCCGACCACAGACCAAGUGUUUACGGAUGACAGUGAUUACCGUAUGGAAAUGGGCCAUGUGUUAACGCAAACUAAAAAUAGUCUCAAAAAAGCAGAUUCUGUGUUGGGAGGCAGGAUAGCGCAUAAAGAGAUGCAUCCACAAGACAUUGUGACCAGUUGUGGGGAAACAUACUUGAGUGACACAAGCAUGUCACAAACUAAGGGCUCAUCAUGUUUACCUCAGGACGCAUACACACUACGUUCCACCAGCUCAGCGGUUGAGCAAACUGCCAUCGAAACGCUCGCAUCCGAAUGCACCGGCGCUAAGAAAACAUCUCCAUGCUCCGUCGAAUACAUCUCUAGUGCAGAUGACAGUGACGUCAUUGAGGUGCCAGUCAGCAACUCCAGAUGCAAGAUGCCUCCGAGCUGCCGCUCCCGAACUCGGAGUGUCAUAGUUAAUGAGAGAAGUCGUGGAAGACGAGGAAAUUCCUCCGUGAAGCACAAAGUUGCAAUGGACUGCUCUCCCAAACAUGUGAACAAUGUCUAUGCCCUGGAUGAACCUGAUUUUGAAGGCAGUGACGGUAGAGCCGACUCUGAAUCCAAGUCGUUGCUGUCAUGGAUGGAGUCGGUCUGUAUUGCCAUAUCUCCAGAAGACAGCGAUCAAGACAUGGAUGCCGCUUUUCCCGAAAACUUCCCAUCUACCUCAGAUGCUGAAAACACAAGCGUCUUCAAGUCUCCACAGAGUGGGGCUUCAUCUUCAAUGUCAAGCCGUUUGUGGAAAACUCCGGCCUCGAAGAGUAGGAAACGGGCGAAACCAAGACCCAAACCCGCUAAGCCGGUCAGAGCGCCGCCGGCCGGCAAAUUGGCAAAGAGAAGACGCCGAAAGCCUCGCUCAUCUGGACCUUCAUCCAUGUUUUCUUUUCAAGAGCCGGAGAUCAAAUUAAAAUAUGCAGACCACAAAGAAGAGAAGAAGGACAGCAGGCCGGACAGCUUCGCCCCGUACGUUCACAUGGAGUUCUCAUCCUGCACAAUCGUCAAUUUUAGGGAAGAGGAUGUUUAUUCGACGAAGAAAGGGUCGCAGCAGGUGGUCUCGGGGGUCAUCCCGAAGACGUCCUGUUUGCAGCUGGGCCGUGUUGCCUCCGAUGCCAGGUUAGAGGUCAGGCGUUUCUGCUGCCUGUGUGGAAGAGCUGGCAACAUUGAAGGCCUUGGGGAUUUGCAUGGACCGUACUACUCCAGCGGAGCUCAGGCCGUCUGUAAAUCCGACAGCAGUCCUCUUGCCCAAAAGCAGGAACCUGACUGCAGCGAUUUGGACUCGGUCUACAGUUUGGAGGACGGUGCGUCCCAGUCUGUCAGACGGCAGAGGAAGGAGAACUGCUCGGAGAGCGUUGAGGAGUCUGGUGUGUGUAGUGAGCACUGGAUACAUGAGGACUGUAGCAUUUGGACCGCAGGCAUCUUUUUGGUUAAAGGGAAACUCUACGGAUUGGAGGAAGCCAUCCGGCUUGCACAAGGAACAGUGUGUUCGUACUGUCACAUGGUUGGUGCCACUUUGGGAUGUUUCUUCAAAGAUUGCCCCAAUAAGUACCACUUCCCCUGUGCCCUGCAGUCAGGUAGACGUCGACAGAUGUGGCUGUGGAGUGGGUCCCUAAUGUGUUUACAGAUCGUUCCAUUUGAUUUAGCACUCCACAUGUUGAGUGUUUGCACGUACUCUCAGGCAGUCGAAUGUUCGGGACUGGAUGUGCUGUGUCUUUUACCUGUCGCUCGAGCGGUACCCUUGGGCAACGCUGGAUGAUUUCCAUUGCAUUCCUCUGCGUUCCGAACACCUGAUAAAUUCAACCACUGCAGAUUUUUACAUCUCUGUUUCAUCUAAGUUUACUGAAGGCCAAAUAUCUCCCUCUGCUUCAACCUUUUACAAUGUUAUGGCAAUCUAAACAACAGUGGAAUCAAUAAUGAGAGCCUUGUUUCAUUUGAAGUGACAGUACAAGCAUAUUGAGCGGAAGUGCUUGAUUUUCAUUCUUUUGUGCACUUCAGCAUCUCGUUGUUCAUUAAAUAUGUAACACCAACUGUCCAUUCUGUAACAGUGAUGUCUUUUUAUUACAUAAAACUGAAAUGCUGAAUGAACUAGUCUCCUCCAGUGGUACCGUAUGCACUAUUAUGUGAGCACAUUUAUUUAUAUUUAUGUUUAAUGCAUAGGUGUGUAUUUAUUUGCCAAUGAACAGCCCCCUUUAAAAGGACAGAGUGUGUUUUAGCACCUUGUAUAAAUGCAGUAAAGGCACAUUAUAAUUUGAUGUUGGUAACUGCUACAGGGUGCUUUAAAUAUGAAUCUGGUUUCGGUUUUCUUUUGAAACUUGUGGCCUGGGAAGCAAGAAAUCACAGCGUCUGUAGGAUUUUCCAUUUCACCUGAUGCCUUGUGAUGUUUCGAGUUCUGUUUCAAUAAAUGUUUUUAUUCUACAUU